UAUCGGGAACUGUCCGUUCUCUCAGAGACUCUUCAUGAUCCUCUGGCUGAAAGGAGUCAUCUUCACGUUUGUUGAUCCGUGUCACACAGAAAGCCGGGCGGAUCUGCAGGAUCUCGCUCCAGGAACCAACCCUCCAUUCAUGACUCCUUCAACGGAGAGGUGCUUGUGGAUCGUCAACAAGAUCGAGGAGUUUCUCGAGGAGAGACUGGCCCCCACCACGUUGGCAGCAAAGCAUCCAGAAUCCAACACAGGAAUAGAUGUAUUUGCCAAGUUUUCUGCCUACAUCAAGAACCCUCAGAAAGAAGCUAAGGAGGGUGAAAAGCUUCUUCUGAAGUCUCUGAAGAGGUUGGAUGAGUAUUUGCAGAUGCCGCUGGCCGAGGAAAUAGACGCCAACAGCGUAGAUGAUCCUGGUGUGUCCACACGCAGUUUUCUGGAUGGACCGGACCUCACGCUGGCCGACUGCAACCUGCUGCCCAAACUACACAUCAUUAAGAUUGUUGCCAGGAAGUACAGAGGUUUUGAGAUUCCUGCUGAUAUGAACGGGGUUGAGUUUGGCGAUAUUUGA